CAUUGUCUGUCAUCACCACCAAACCAAAACUCUUUACGUCUUUAUUCUUUUGCUCUGUUCUUGUCUAAACGUUUUGAGUUUCGCGUGCGAAGCAAACCCCCUCCACCCCCACGACGAAAGAUUACAACUUUCAGGACGAUUCAAAGAAUUUUAUUCGUCUUAAGACAAGGAAAGGUUUUGUUUUGCCUCGUCGCGCUUUUGAUGGGUGCGAGUCACUCUGCUCUUCACAAGGACCACCUGUCUUCUCCGUCGCCCUAUUGUUUAGGAGAUCUCCCGGAGGAUUGCGUGGCUCUGAUAGUUGAGAAUUUGGACCCCGUCGAGAUCUGUAGACUCUCGAAGCUCAACAGGGCUUUCCGGGGAGCUUCGUGGGCCGAUUUCGUCUGGGAGUCGAAGCUUCCUACGAACUACGAGGCUUUUCUCGAGAGAAUCCUUGGUGGUUUCCCGGAAAACCUGCAGAAAAGAGAUAUCUACGCUUGUCUCUGCAGGGUUAACUCCUUCGAUCAAGGCACCAAGAAGGUAUGGAUGGAUAAACGAAGCGGUGGUGUUUGUCUAAGCAUCUCAGCUAAGGGAUUAUCAAUCACAGGUAUUGAUGAUCGUCGAUACUGGACUCAUAUUCCCACUGAUGAAUCUCGGUUUGCUUCUGUAGCGUACCUUCAACAAACCUGGUGGUUUGAAAUCGACUGUGAGAUUGAUUUCCCUUUCCCAGCCGGAACCUACAGCAUCUUCUUCAGGCUGCAGCUAGGACAGUCUGGCAAGUGGUUUGGUCGACGGGUCUGUAAUACCGAACAAGUCCAUGGUUGGGAUAUUAAACCGGUUCGGUUUCAGCUCUGGACUGAAGAUGGUCAGUACUCCUCGUCUCAAUGCGUGUUAACCGAGCGGGGAAGGUGGAGCCACUACCACGGUGGAGAUUUCGUAGUCCGGGAGUCGAGAAGCUCCUCGUCGACGAAGAUAAAGUUUUCGAUGACGCAGAUCGAUUGUACGCAUACCAAAGGCGGGUUGUCACUGGACUCUGUGAUUGUAUACCCGAGCUCGUGUAAAGACCGGUUGAACCGGUUUUAGUGUUUCAACCGGAGUUAGUGAGAGAGGUCAAAGCGUGGGUUUUUUUUUAUGCGGUCUUUAAGCCUUUUGUAGAUGUAGUUAUCAACCUUUUUUAGAGAAAUGGUUGAUUUCAGAAGAUUGUUUUAGUGGGCAUUGUCAAAACAAAACAGUAUGGUCUGGUCUCGUGUUAGACCCCUGCAAGCAAAUGAUCUACACUUGUGAUAUAAUUAUGAUCAAAUUAUCACAAGUGUAGUUGUAUAACUUGUCAAAAUCGAAAUAGUGUUCAUACAA